AUGCGUUACCUGCAGUCAAGGGUGAGGCAGAGGGCUCUCCCUGCCAAUCAAGUUAAUGUCCUCCGUGGGGAGGAAUUUGAUUGUGCGGUGAGAGCUUUCAGUUGGUCCGCCUUUGAUCCAGAGUCCAGGCUGGAUUUGGUGUUCGUGGACGAGAGCGGAGUGGGCAAAGGGGCUGUUGAUGAAGCUCUGCACAAUGGGGUGUAUAGGCUUGCAGGACAAAUGGUUGCAGUUUGCCUAAUUCAAGGAGGGGUUUCUCCACACUUUUCUUCCCAUCGUCGUUUCAGGCAAAUCUGUGGCCUUCCAUCCCUUCCACCUUCCAUAGAAGAGGUGGCAGACCCAGAGUUCCAGGACAAAUUGUGCAAGUUGUGUGCUUUUCAUUCCUUCUCAUACCAGAUAGCAAGUGCUGUUACACUGGAGAAUGCCAGAGAGGCAAUCAGUGGAGCCACAGAUGAGCUAACUGUUAUGGGAGCUUUAUGCUAUUGCUACCUAAACUCCAUGACCCAGAGAGAUGAACUGAUGACAGCUAUUCUGGAGUUUUACACAGAGGGCCGUAUUUAUGCCGCACUCCAGCAGUUCAAAGAAGGUCUAAAUGUCCUUGGGCUUAUAGAUGACAUGAUAGCCCACCAUACUGCCUUUGAAGAGGUGUUCUUCAAAAGCAAUGUCAAACUGACUGCGGCGGACAUAGUGGGGCUGUUCAAGCCACAAUUUACCUCACCAAGAGGCUCCAAUAAACGGAGACAAGAGUCCAGGGCAGUUGCAUUCUGGCGGGACUGGCUUCUGGAGGUAGAGGGUAAGACAGCCUUCAAUGGUCAAAGCUCUCCAUUUCUUUAUUUGGAGAGGAUGCCCCUAAAAACCGUCACUGGCUAUGGAUCAUUUGGACGUACAACAGAAGAGGUGUCAGGGACCAAUUAAAU